UGACUGCUGUAGCUGGGUGGUCGAGGUUGGUCCGUGUUGUCAGAAAGGCAGCAUGAGACCCUACUUUGCUCAGACCAUGCAAGCAUUGGAAUAUUUCAAGGCAAAGACAGUUUGACAGCUCACUCAAAGAAAAGAAACAUGUGGAGGACUCUGACGCUUUCACUGAUAGUUGCACUGACAUUGGGCACAGAGGUGAAUUUUACCCAGGUGUCCCAGUCUGAGGAUGUCGGGCCCAUGGUGGCUGGUGAGAAGGCGGUAGAGAAGCAGCAGGAGAACUUCAGCGACAUCUCCAACGUCCUAGGAAAGUCUCAACACCAGAUCCUGGCUGCUCAAUUUGAGUGCUACCUGAAGAUAAUCCAUGAUCCACCACAUACAGAAGAAGGGAAUUACUGUAACCGUACGUGGGACGGCUGGCUGUGCUGGGGGGAUUCAGCUCCAGGGACUGUCAUGCAGAUGUGUCCUGAAUACUUUUUGGACUUUGACCCUGCGGAGAAGGUAUCCAAAGUGUGUAAUCCUGAUGGCCAGUGGUUCCACCACCCGGAGAGCAACCGAGUCUGGUCUAACUACACCCAGUGUCAGGCCUACACCAAAGAUAAACUCAAGUUUGCGUUCAGUCUCUACUACCUGGCCAUGGUGGGUCAUGGCCUGUCUAUUGUCUCCCUGAUCAUCUGUCUGAUCAUCUUCUCCUACUUCAAGAGUCUUAGCUGCCAGAGAAUCUCCCUCCACAAGAACAUGUUUCUCUCCUUCAUCUUGAACUCCAUUGUUACAAUCAUGUGGCUCUCGCUCACUGGGGCCAAUAACCAAGCCAUAAGCACCAGCAACCCUGUGAGCUGCAAGGUCCUGGCUGUGCUGACUCAGUACACAUCUACUUCCAACUACUUCUGGAUGCUGUGUGAAGGCAUCUAUCUCCACACGCUCAUCAUUGUGGCCGUCUUUGUCGGGGAGCAGCAGCUCUUCUGGUACUACGUCCUGGGAUGGGGUUUUCCCAUUGUUCCUGCCAUCACGUAUGCUGUAGCACGCGGGCUCUUCUUUGACGAUAAGUGUUGGAUCAGCUCACACACACACCUUCACUACAUCAUUCAGGGGCCCAUUCAAGCUGCACUACUUGUGAACCUUUUCUUUCUCCUGAACAUCGUGCGCGUUCUAAUCACCAAGUUGAAAGAGACCCACUGUGCUGAGUCCACAGCCUACAUGAAGGCAGUGAGAGCCACCCUCAUCCUGAUUCCUCUGCUGGGAGUCCAGUUCAUCCUUUUCCCCUGGAGGCCAGAGGGACGAAUCAGCCGGGCCAUCUUUGAUUUCUUUGUAAAUAUCUUCAGCCACUUCCAGGGACUUCUGGUGGCAAUUAUCUUCUGUUUCUGCAAUGCUGAGGCCCAGACAGCGCUGCGGAGGAAGUGGGCACAGUGGAAGUCUGCCUGGGGUAAAACCGGCUGGGGAAAAACAACCACCAACUACCACUUUAACUCCCACAAUAACUCCUCCAUUACCGAAACCAGCCGCGCCACCAUCAGCUUGGAGCAGCCUGCUGCGUCGCCUACUGAACAUAAAGAAAAUAGCCACUUCCUGUUCCAGGUGCCGCAAAAAGCCAACGGGCAGCAGAAGACAUGCAGCAACGGGGAGGUGGACAUGCUCAACCAGUUGGAGACCACCGACAUCUGACUGGAGAAAGGUGAUGGUUGCGGUGCUAAAACACACACACACACACACACACACACACAAUCCCUUAUAUGCAGACACAGAAAGGCAGAAGAGUAAAAAACAGAGAGGUUGCAGGUGAUUUUUUUUAACAAAGGUUGGGCAGUGUAUGUACAGUCUGUACAAAAUAUCUGAAAAUCACACAUACACGUUUUUUUACAGCUCCAGCUUUUGGACCAUAGACUGUUUUUACAGUCUGUGGUAUGAACUGAUGACAAAAAAAUAUUUAUAUCAUGGUGUCAUCCUGUAAUCCUAGUAUAGUAAUGGUUUCUGUGAACAUGUUCUGUCACUGUCACAUUGUUUUUUUUUCUAGUUUUUAUAAUGUAUUUAGAGAGUUGCAGAUCCCAAACCUGCCAUUGUGAUGUCACAAAUGCAGAGCUGUUUGUAUAAUCUGUUGCCUUAUGAAGCCUGAGUGCUUUAUCCGUGCACCACUUUCACAAAUGAAUGUCAUAGCCCACUGAUGUGAUCUAUAUGUUCUUUUACAUGCUUUUAUAUAGGGAAGAUAAUAAAAUCAUCACUGGGCUGCGGGAAGAAAAAAAAAGCCAGGAUCCCCCUUUCAGAAAAUCAAAACCACACCACACCACACUGAGAGAAUGUGUUAAUAAAAGCAACACAAUCAUGGUUUACAUUUUGAUUUCCCUAUGACAACAGAAAUAGGAUUUACUCUCAGUCAGAGGAAGUCUACGAUGGCAGGAAGGGCUAAAGUUUUUAAUAAACACUUACAAACUUAAUUUUGUAGAUCAUGUUAGACUAAUCAGCCCUUGAAAGGCAAAAUGCAGUAAAGACCAGAAUCUGACUUUGUGACAUCUGUUUUACCAUAUAAACAGGUAUAAUACUAUAUACUUUAGCUAGGUGUAUAAUUGCUGCUAAAACAUGGUUGUAACAUAAAAACUAAGCUAAAACCGAAACUGCAGUAAUUAGACUCUGGUUUGCUAAUGUGUUGGCUCUUGUCUAGAAGCCACCGUCACACUUAGGCCUACUGCACUCUCUGUCACAGAUAGACAGCCAACACAACAGCUAAAGCAAGCGAUGUACUUCAAGUGCAAGCUAGCUGAUGAAAAAGCCACAGCUAGCCUUAGCUUAUGCUAAAAAUAAAACUAAAAGUAUUAACUGAUUUUUCCAAGCUGUUAUCUGUAACUGAAAAAUAUCCAUUUUGAUGAAUCUGAUAAUUCAGUUUGUUAUUCCACAUAACUAAAUGAGACAGUUGUAAAAGUCAAUGAUGAUGGAGAAAAACAUUAACGCUAACGUAGCUAAAGUCAUGCUAACUUGGCAGAUAUGACAAAAGAAAUGCUAUAUCCCAACAUUAUUGCUGUAAAAUGAGUUUGUUCACUCUGCAUGCUUACACAAAUCUUCAGGUUGCCAAAAUAAUGAAUUUACUUUUCUGGCAAGUAAGACCUUUUGAAUGUGGAAUGUAUUAUGUUGAAAGGGCUUCUGACUUUCAUGUUUCAUAUGCACAGAUCAUGUAGUUGAGCUAAAGAUAAAACCGUGGCAAUCUCCUGGCUGCAUGACAGCUAAACAUUAUGUUAAAUAGUGUAGCUAAUUUGUAGCAAUAGUGUAGCAACUGAUUAGAACUUAUUUACUACCUGGAAUGAAAUGAUGUGCUGAACAUUAUGGGUUACAACUCUCCUAAUUUAAACUGGGAGCAGAGCUUUGAGUGCAGCAGGAUUACUGGUGCAGAGAUAAAGCUGUGGAGUGCUGCAAUAAUUCCACUCCUACUGAAUCUCAGUCAUUCUCUUCACUCACUCCAUUAGAAACACUGGGUUUGGGGGGAUUUUGGCAAAAAAAGUAGCACACAUGCAAUAAACAUACAGUCACUGUGGUGUGUGUGAAAUAAUUUAUUUGAGGAUGUGCACGUGUUUUUUACAAAUAGUCCCUCCAACUUUGUUACAAUUGGUGGGAAAAAAGGUUUUCACAAUCCCACAAUCUUCACUUUGUAUUAUUUAUUGUAAUACAGUGGGAAAUCGUAAUGUGAUAUGAACCUUUAUUACACUGAAAGUUUAGGACAAAAAUAAAUAUGAGGCAGAGUUACGCAUUUGGAAUUCCAUUUUUAAAUGAUUCUGUCUCAAAUAUAGUCUUUGACAGAACAAGACUGUGCCAAAUUAAUGUAUACAUUGUUAGGAAUAAAUCUUUUUUUCCAUCUCUUAUUAACUCCACUUCACCCCGCAUUAUUUGUCUGUUUAUUAUAAAUGUUUAUUAUUUUAAUGUCCCUUUUGCUUUGUAAUUUUGGAAUGUUCUGUGUUAUUAUUGCUGUUAAAAUGGUCUGUUUCACUAUUUCUAUUGUAUAAUUGUUAUAUGCUUUUUUUGCAAAUACAAUUCACUGCCACUUCAAUGAGAGAUAAUGUAAUAGCUUUUCCAUUGCAUGUGUACCGUGCUGUAUGUACACUGGCAGGGUACAGUACCAGCACCUUUUCAGUUUCCACUGGAAUACUGAGCAAGUCUUAUAAAGGGAGCUGGUAGUAAA